AGCCCCUUGAACGAGGCUGCCCUAGCCUGGGUCACCGGAGAGAACCCGGUUCCAACCCAUGGCCUCGCCCUGCUCAGUCCUCAUGCUAGGGGAUUCAGAUGCCUUUGCUGCCUCCCUCAGGACUCUCAUCAACAACCCACAGUUCAGCGAUGUGACAUUUCUGGUUGGCAGAGAGCAGAAGGAAGUCUUUGCCCAUCGCUGCCUCCUGUCCUCCCGCUGCCAGGCAUUCCAUGCAAUGCUGAGCCAGCCCCAGAAGGCACCACAAGCCCCACUGAUCUUGAGCCAUGUGCAACCCGAAGUGUUCCUUGCAGUCCUUGAGUACCUUUAUAGUAACAGUGUCACCCUCAACAACCUCAUUGCUUUGGAGGUCCUCACGUCAUCUGUGGAGUAUGGGCUAGAUGACCUCAGCAGGCUAUGUGCUGAAUUCAUCAAAAAUACACUGAAUGUAGAACAAGCCUGUGAGGCCUUCCAGGCAGCAGUGGCAUAUAGGCAAGUAGAUUUGCAGGUGCAUUGCCUGGCUUUCAUCGAGAACCACACUCAGGAAGUGGUGCAAACACAUGGUUUUCUGGAGCUGUCCGAGCUGGCAAUGCAAGCUAUCCUGCAAAGCAAUGGCUUGGCGAUUGAUGAAGUGAAGCUGAUCCAUGCUGUUCGCGAAUGGGCUCAUGUGGGCUCUGCUGUGCUGGGUAGGUCUGUGCGUGACGUGGCAGGGGCAGUUGUACCAGGACUGCGCCUGGCUCUGCUCUCCCCAAGUGAGUUGACCACUCUGGAGGAAGAUAACAGAAAGGACCAGAUGAUUCCGGUGGAGAGUCUGGCUGAAGCCUGGAAGUUACAUGCCUUGUGGAAGGGACGUGGUGGGCGAUCCUCCUCGUGUCGGCGUCGGCGUGGCACGCUGCCCCGGGAACAUCAUCAUCACCUGGACCCACAGCACAAGGGACAUGGCGUGCUCUGAAUGAGAAGGAAGCAGUGCCUCUGUGCCUAGCCCAGCCAACUUUGGUGGGAAAAAUGGGAC